UUAAGACAUAGGGGAUUUGCCAGGACUGCAGACCCAGUGACUGCCGUGGCACUACACAAAACUCACACCCCACAGCCUCAGUCUCAGGCUCACAGGGGCUUCUCAAGAUUGACCCAAUGUAACUGGUGACAGCAGAAACCCCGAAAGCUGCGGUGUCCUUUUAGGUGGGGAGAAAAGGCUCAUCUGCACAGGAACUGGAGAUAGAAUAGCUCCUGGCUAUUUUAGUCUUGCAUGUUGGUGGCAACGUGGAUGGAGUGUUGAUCCACCUAAUUCAUAUCGAUGUAGAGGGGGAUGCCAGAGUGAAAGGACUCCUUCAGUACAAAGAUACUCCCAGACAAGGAGAUGACCUGCCAGUGAAACCACACAGCAGAUGCUCUCCCACUGCAGGUGCUCUUACACCAAUAACUUUACAAACAAGCAACACGAGGGCAUCUCUGCAAGCUCUCUUCUUCACAGCCACCCUAUCCGCUGGGAAACCUCUCCCUGACCUUUUCCUGAUUGAGCAGGGGCCGGACACAGGACAGGGUGGGCAGGAUGAGGGGGGCUAGGGGGGGGCAGAGCUGGGCUGGACGAGGGGACACUCCGCCCAAAUGGGGCGUGACGAGCUGCCAGCCCAGGCUCCGAGGCACGUAAAAGCGGGGCGGUGAGACCGGGGAGCACGGAGCAACCAGCCAGGGCUGAGCUGCGGAGACGGUUGCACCAGGUGCCAGGAUUGCUGCAAACACGAGCAAAACGUCGUCCGAAAUGGCAACCGAGGGGGAUAAACUUUUGGGAGGAAGAUUUGUUGGAAGCACAGAUCCCAUCAUGGAGAUUCUCAGCUCUUCUAUAUCCACUGAGCAGAGACUGUCUGAAGUUGAUAUCCAGGCAAGCAUGGCUUAUGCCAAAGCCUUGGAGAAGGCUAGCAUCCUAACUAAAACUGAGCUGGAGAAGAUUCUGAGUGGCCUGGAAAAGAUCUCUGAGGAAUGGUCUAAGGGAGUCUUUGUGGUGAAACAAAGUGAUGAGGAUAUUCACACUGCCAACGAACGCAGACUGAAGGAGCUGAUUGGGGAUAUAGCUGGAAAGCUUCACACUGGAAGAAGCAGGAAUGAACAGGUUGUGACUGACCUGAAGCUGCUCCUGAAGAGUUCCAUCUCUGUCAUCUCCACUCACCUGCUGCAGCUCAUCAAGACCCUGGUGGAGCGCGCUGCCAUAGAAAUUGAUGUUAUCAUGCCUGGCUACACCCACCUGCAGAAGGCUCUGCCCAUCAGAUGGAGCCAGUUCCUGCUCAGCCAUGCUGUUGCCCUGAUCCGUGAUUCUGAGCGCCUGGGAGAGGUGAAGAAAAGGAUGAAUGUCCUGCCUCUGGGAAGCGGUGCUCUGGCUGGCAACCCACUGGAAAUUGAUAGAGAGCUUCUACGCAGUGAACUGGACUUUGCUUCCAUCAGCCUGAACAGCAUGGAUGCCAUCAGUGAGAGAGACUUUGUGGUGGAAUUACUCUCUGUUGCCACCCUGCUGAUGAUCCACCUUAGCAAGUUGGCCGAAGAUCUCAUCAUCUUCAGCACCACUGAAUUUGGCUUUGUGACCCUCUCUGAUGCCUAUAGGUAGGUGCCUGGUCACUGGGUAAACAGCCAUUUGCCUCAAUCUCUCCUCCUCUAUUAUCCCCUCCUGAGAGAAUAAGGAAGUGGGUGUCCCUGCUGCACAAGGUUGACACAUAAAUCAACUCUCCAGAGGAUGAAAAGCCUGAAAGAAAGGCAGUCCUAGGGUGAAAAUUUCUCUUUAAGGAUCACUGAUUCUAAUUCUGGCAACUCAACCUCAUCUGAAUUCACUGGUCACUCUUCCCCACCACAUGC